UAGCUUAUGCAGUAAGGAGAAACCGAUACCAUGAUCCCUGCAAAUCUGUUUACAGCACAGAGUGAAGUUCUGCUAUUGGUAUGAAGGUCUGGAAAGAAAUAUACAUACAGCAAGAGCAAGUGACAUAAUGUUAAUCUCUUGAUCGAGGCAGGCAGAAUCACACAACUAAGAGACAAGGGGUGAGUGGGAGGGCUGAUGUGUCUCCUCACUUAGUGGGAGAAAACCCGACUGGAAGUAAAGUUUAUGAGCAAAUUUGGAAUCUUGGAAAAGUCAAACUUUAAAGGACAGUCAAGCAGACAUGAUAUGUAAGUUCCUCUCUCCCAGCUAAGGCGAUCAAAGGUUUUUGAAAGCAAACACAAAGUCAAGAGAUGAACAAGAAGUACUCCUUUGAAAAAGGGAAUGUGAAAGCUAUCAGAGAAAGGCGAAUAAUGAAACACACGUAGGACGCUAUGGAUAUUUUAUCUCUACAUGGACUACCCUGAGGACACACGUAUGCUCUCAGUCAUGGAGAACGGGGAGGAUGUGAUUGGGAGCUCCAACCUUAUGGUGGUCUCCGAUGAGAAGACGUUCGAACUCUGCCGUCAGAAAGACUGCUGCGAACGGUUGGUGAUCAAUGUCUCAGGGCUGAGGUUUGAGACUCAGAUAAGGACACUCAGCAGGUUCCCCGAAACCUUGUUAGGAGACCCAAGGAAACGAAUGCGCUUCUUCGAUCCACUGAGGAAUGAGUACUUCUUUGACCGGAACCGGCCAUGUUUCGACUCAAUACUGUACUUUUACCAAUCAGGCGGUCGACUUCGUCGGCCUGCUAACAUACCCCUAGAUGUUUUUAUGGAGGAGCUGAUGUUUUACCAGCUUGGAGAUGAUGUGAUCAGGAAAUUUAGAGAAGAUGAGGGGUUUCAAAAAGAGGAGGAGAGACUUCUUCCUGAAUGUGAGUUCAUGAAGCAAGUAUGGCUCCUCUUUGAACACCCGGACAGUUCUUCUGCCGCACGUAUCGUCGCAAUUAUCUCUGUCAUGGUCAUUCUCAUCUCCAUAGUCAUCUUCUGCUUAGAAACGCUACCAGAAUUCCGGGAUGAAAGGGAUCUAUCCUUACCGGUACAACCCCAUCACAAGUCUAACAGCACAGUUGCAUUUAAAGAGAAGAGUCCGUUUGAGGAUCCUUUCUUCAUUGUGGAGACAAUCUGUAUCUGCUGGUUCUCCUUUGAGCUCUCGGUGCGUUUCAUCGCAUGCCCCAGCAAAGCUGCCUUCUUCAAGGAUAUCAUGAAUAUGAUCGACUUUGUGGCAAUCAUACCAUACUUUGUUGCUCUGGGCACAGAACUGGCUCGCCACAGAGGUGUGGGCCAGCCAGCUAUGUCACUGGCCAUCCUCAGGGUCAUCCGGUUGGUCAGAGUCUUUCGUAUCUUCAAGCUCUCCCGACACUCCAAGGGAUUACAGAUCUUAGGACAAACACUGAAAGCCAGUAUGAGGGAACUAGGACUUCUCAUAUUCUUUCUGUUUAUUGGAGUUAUCCUCUUCUCCAGCGCUGUGUAUUUUGCAGAGGCUGAUCAUCCAGAAACAAAGUUUACCAGUAUCCCCGAGGCAUUCUGGUGGGCUGUGGUGACAAUGACUACAGUAGGCUAUGGAGACAUGUCUCCGGAGACAGUAGGCGGUAAACUGGUGGGCUCUCUCUGCGCCAUUGCAGGUGUGCUAACCAUCUCUCUUCCUGUGCCUGUCAUUGUAUCCAACUUUAGUUAUUUCUAUCACCGAGAGACAGAGUGCUCAGAUAUCGGGCAGUUCAAUCACAUUGGCUCAUGUCCGAAUGGUCCACCACAUACUCCAAAGUCCAAAGGGAAGGAUAAAAGUCCAGUGCUGGACAAAUUUAAGAACUUAUACAGUAAUUCCAAGGCUGAAUUCCUAGAUGGACUUUGCCCUGUAGAUGAUAAGCUUGUGAAUACUGGACAGUCGCAUAUCAUAACACAAGUGUGACUUGUUCCCAUCUAACAUCACUUGGUCAUCCUUUGGAGUCUUAAAUUAAGAACUGUACUGUACAUGAAGAGCCAAUGACUUAUUUUUGUUGUGUUGUCCAAUAACAUUGGAAAGAUAUGCAUAGUGCUAUGCUAAACCAUUAACUAAUACUCUGCUUUCUUAUGUCCCACAAACAUUGGAAAUAUAUGAAUAGUUUAUCAGCAAUAAUAAGGCAAGCCUCACAAUGGCUUCCAAAGAUGGUGAUGAGUAAGUUCCAUCAUUGGUGGAUGCAAAAUUAGGGGUAAUGAGAGAUGCCUCAUGUGAGUAGAUGAGAGGAACAAACAUUAUGAGGAAGUUACGCUGAUGACCUUUGGACCAGGAGUUGGACAAUACUCCUGGCCAGUUGGAGGCUCUUCAAGAAGGUGAUUCUUUUAUACCAGUGAGAGGUUCCCACCAAUGUCCUAGAGAGAUCAGCUGUCCAUCACACAACGAUGAAACAUUAGGCCUGCACUAUUAUAUUACAGUAGUGAGAGUAGACUCAAAUGACAGCAAAUGACUAUAUACACAAAUAUGACAGCAAAUAUAAUCCAGGUUAGGAAUACAGAAGGAAGGACGUCUGCUCGUUCCCCAAAGAGGACAUGACAGAGUUGUACGUUAACUUUGGUAUUAAACUUCUACAGUAGAAAUUAUUUUUUUAUAUUAUAAUGUCAUCCUUUAAGACUAGAAAUUAUGGUUUUCACUUAUAAUGGAACCAGAAUGAUUACGUUCAGGAACUACUGUAUAGCUGUUUCCUCCAUUUAACAGUCUUGGGGUUUACAAAAUACCCGUCAACAGGUUUCUUUUAUUUAUUUUAUUUGUGAGCUGUGUCUCCGGUGAGCAGUGCAACACCUAUUCAUUUGUGAUGAAGAAAAUAGUUGCCGUACCCUUUUUCACGCAACCCCAAAUGAGAUACCACCUGAUUAACACGCACUUUACAUUUUCCCGGGUCAGUGUUCGCGUAAGGAAGAUAUUUGUGUACUUUUCUCAGCAAUUGCGCAAUGUACGUACGAUACGAGAUUUCUACUAUUCCUCUUCCAACUGAAUACAAACUUUGCUCAAAUGUUCUUAAGUUUGCAGAAUGUCAUUUUAUAACAUGAUGAUAAUGCAGUUCAGGUUUCUUCACUGGAAAUUAUUCUUUAACCCAUCCCUUCAGAUCUCACAAUAAAAGUCUUAAAUCAUAAAAUAAGCCUUCAAGUCUUUAAGAGGAUCCUUCUCAAGAGAACAUAAUAAUGUUUUCUGAUUUGAAGGGGACAUAAUGAUGUGCACGUGUAAUUUAUGCUACAUGGUGAUGAUCUGUGGCUGAACAAUGAUCUCUGAUCUAUCAAUCCAACACCGGCAUGAUCAUCCACUCAUAGGUGUAUUGUAGGAACACACGCUCUGAUGUCAAGCUAAGAGGGAUUGCAUAGACAUAGCGGGUCAUGAUGCAAUAAGGCCGUGUGGAGGAUUUAAGAGACAAUUACGAUGGACUGAAAUGAUAUACUAUAUACAAGACUGGAUUUCUGAUUUAUUAAAGCUUGGAGAGAGAUAAAGGGGUCUUAUUCAUAAAGCAGUGAAAAGAGUGGAGAAAAGGAACAGUGGAGUAGUUGCCUAUGGCAACCAAUCAGCUUUGUAGGAAGCCUUUAUCAAGUACAUUCUAUAAGAUGUAAGGGAGAUGCUGAUUGGUUGCCAUGAGCAACUUCUCCACUGACCUGUUUCUACACUCUUUUCACUACUUCAUGAAUAGACCCCAUAGUACCAACCAAAAAGCUCCUGUAAUUUUCAAACUUUGGGGCAGAUGUAUUAACCUGGAGAAGGCAUAAGGAAGUGAUAAA